GUGUUGCUGCGUGCUGUACAUGUCUGUUUUUUUUCCUUGAGAGAAACUCCGUGUCUCCGGCACUCUGUUAGCAUUUUAGCUAGGAGCUAACCAAGGUGGCCCGCUAUGUUAGCAUGCUGUGCUAUGCUAGGCUUCCAUUUUCCGUUCAGUCACUAAUGUGUAACGUUGUUUAACAGUCAGCUAAAUACCCACUCGACUUUGCAUUUUUUUUAAACGCUGCAGGCCCUCGAGUUGCACACGUAAUGAGUUACUUGCAGUUAAGCUAGGUUAACGGGUUAGUCCCGGGCGGCUGUUUACUCACCAACUUAGCACAUCUCAAAGAGAAGCGCCGUCAUUAUCUUGUUACUCUUCUUCCUUAUUCACCAACACGGUACGACGCAAUCAGUAACGCAAUGAACAUAAAUAUUGCUCAGUCAGCUUCUUAUUGGAUCUCUAAAACCCCAUUCAGGAUGUUUUUAUAAGAAAAAAAAUCUAUUUCAGUUUUAUAUAGAAAUGAAAAUUAACAUUUUGUUUCAUUCUUCCACUAUACAUGACACUGGACAGCUUCUGAUGAGCUUUAAGACUCGUUGGCUUUAAGAUGGUGGACAUUUUUGAGUUGCAUGAUGUGUAGAUAAAGAGCAUAUGAUAGGAAUCUAUUGGUUUCCUGCCCAUCAUGUUGGUUGCUAGGAGACGGGAGGCCAAGUAAGACCUGGUUCCCAUGUUGGGAUCCAGUCUAUCCGGUGGAGCCGCUUCAACCUGCCAGCAGGCCCGGCCAUUUGAAUGGUGCCGUUAAUGCAUUCCUUCAUUUAUUAGAUUUGUUUAAAUCACAUUUGUUAUCAAUAGAGGGAUUGGCGUGCAUGUGUUCUGUCCCACUGGCGCAGGAAAUGAGCGGAUGACUUGACCGGUGUCACCGUUGACCGUUUGCACGCCUUCUGUUGUGAAUUUGACACAUCAGGAGUCAAUCAACAUUGUUCACUUUUCAUCUUCACGUCUGUUUUCCUGGCGUGGGUGGAGCACAUGCCACGCUGACGGCCAGUCAGAGGAGACCUCAUAGCUUCCCUCUGGCAGCCGCACCCCUGCAGACCACCGCCGUGGCACCCGUUUGAGUUAAAGACGAUGGAUCGGAGGGUGUGGUUGUGCAUUGUCAUGGCGACAGGCGUCCUUUGCCUCAGCCUGGCCCCCAUCUGUCGAGCCGCGGACCUGGACGAGGACGACAUGGACGUGGAGGACGACAUGGACAUGGACAUGGACAUGGACAUGGUGGGAGCUGACGAGGAGCUGGAAGAGGACCCGCACCAUGAUGAUGCACCUCCCAAAGCUCCACCCACCCCAAAAGUGACCUACAAGGCUCCAGAGCCCAAGGGAGAACACUUCUUUGCCGAGUCUUUCCACCGGGGAACACUUGACACUUGGGUGCUGUCCAGCGCCAAGAAGGAUGACACCGAUGAAGAUAUCGCCAAGUAUGAUGGCAAGUGGGAGGUGGAGGAGAUGAAAGACAGCAAGCUGCCCGGUGAUAAAGGUCUGGUCCUCAAGUCUCGAGCCAAACAUCACGCCAUUUCUGCACAGCUGCUGCGACCUUUCACCUUUGACACCCAGCCGCUCAUUGUUCAGUACGAGGUGAACUUCCAGUCCGGUAUCGACUGUGGCGGCGCUUAUGUCAAGUUGCUGACUCAGACGCCUGAUCUGGACCUGGACCAGUUUGUGGACAAAACUGCGUAUACCAUCAUGUUUGGACCAGACAAAUGUGGCGAGGAUUACAAGUUGCACUUCAUCUUCCGCCACAAGAAUCUCAUAACUGGAGAGUACGAGGAGAAACACGCUAAGAAGCCUGACGCGGACCUGCGCACGUACUACACUGACAAGAAGACACACCUCUACACACUGGGUGAGACGCACACACCCACACCCACACGCACAUGCAGUGGUAGAGCAGGUGUGGCUCAUUCGUGUGCCCCUGCAGUGGUGAACCCAGACAACAGCUUUGAGGUGCUGGUGGACCAGAUGGUGGUGAACAGCGGCAAUCUGCUAACAGACAUGAGCCCCCCCGUCAACCCCCCCGCUGAGAUAGAGGACCCCGACGACCACAAACCCGAGGACUGGGACGAAAGGCCCAAGAUCCAAGACCCGGACGCCGUGAAACCAGAAGAUUGGGAUGAAGACGCUCCCGCUCAGAUUCCAGAUGAGAACGCGGUCAAACCAGACGGCUGGUUGGACGACGAGCCGGAGUACAUCGGCGACCCAGACGCUGCCAAACCUGAAGACUGGGACGAGGACAUGGACGGCGAGUGGGAGGCGCCUCAGAUCCCUAACCCUGCCUGUGAGGCGGCGCCAGGCUGCGGAGCCUGGAAGAGACCGACGAUUGACAACCCUGACUACAAGGGCAAGUGGAAGGCCCCCAUGAUUGACAACCCCAGCUACCAGGGCGUGUGGAAGCCCAGAAAGAUCCCCAACCCGGCAUUCUUCGAGGACCUGCACCCGUUCAGGAUGAGCCCAUUUAGCGCCGUAGGACUGGAGCUGUGGUCCAUGACCUCUGACAUCUUCUUUGACAACUUCUUCAUUACAAACGACCGCAAUGCGGCUGAGCACUGGGCCACAGACGGCUGGGGUCUGAAGAAGGCAGCAGAGGGCGCUGCUGAGCCUGGAUUGGUGGCUCAGAUGCUGAACGCUGCAGAGGAACGUCCCUGGCUCUGGGUUGUCUACGUCCUGACUGUAGCCUUGCCGCUCAUCCUCGUGAUUGUCUUCUGCUGCACGGGAAAAAAGAAGAGUGAGGCCACGCCAGCAGCAGAGUACAAGAAAACUGAUCAAGCUCAGCCUGAUGUGAAGGAGGAAGAAGAGGCUGAGGACAAGAGUAGCCCAGAAGGCGAGGAGGGCAGCGGCAGCGAGGAGAAUCCUGCAGAGAAAGAGGAAGUAGAAGCUGAGAAGGAGGAAGAGCAGGAGGAGGCGACGGUUGACGAGAAGUUGGAGGAUGAUGUUCUGCGGAGAUCUCCCAGGAACAGGAAGGUCAGAAAGGACUGAUGACUCUAAAGCAGCCCUGACCUUGACGACCGCCACGCCCCUCCCUCUUAAUAUUCCCCCCACCCUCGUCUGCCUCCUCUUGUGCUCCUGCGGUCCGAGGCCAGGAAGCCUGAAGUUGGAUGUGGACGGGAAAAGAUUCCAGACCUCCAAUAUAUGGAUGACAGAUGAUUCCAGUGCGAACAGUAAAAGAGUUAGCGUCCUUUUUUUAAAGAUUUUUGUUUUGAUCCCAGUUCAGCCAAAACUUCCUGCAUCAUUCCCUCGCAACAGCCGAGCAGACACACCCAGCACCACCCUGAACCAUCAGCCCCUCCCAUGAGCAACCUGACAGAUUUAUUUUUUAGGGUAAUAUGAGGUGCGAGCUACUAAAUAGCCUGACUUGCAUAUACAACCUUGCAGGUAAACUUGGACUGAGCCGAUAGCCCCUUUGGCAACUUUUUAAUGAGACGUCAGACAUCCAUGAGCAGCUUGACCAAAACUCUUACGACGUUCAAUUAGCGAGUCAAGAUUAAUUCUGCAGAAAUGGGCAAUGGUGAUGUUGCAUCUUGCUAACAUAAAAUAGCCUGCAGGCUAACAAUAGCAUAAAUCAUUUAGAACUAACAUCAAGUCCACUUCCUGCCUCUUCAGCCACCUUUCCCCACCCCUCGCCAGUGGGCAGAGCUUGCUAAUCUCUGUAGGACAGUUGGGACGAUGCCAGGAAGUGGACGUUGCACAGUUUGAUAGCAGUGAGUGUGUUUCGUCUGCCGCACUGAUCGCAUUGCCACGCGACUCGCUGGUAAGAGUAGCUGCUUCAAAAUAAUUUGUUAUGAGAAAACUGAUGUUUUAUUUGGAUUCCGAAGGCUGAGGCGUUCAACGUCAAAAGGGUCAGUGGAGCUCUGCACUGACAGGCUGCUGGUGGAACAGGAAGUGAAUGUUGGAAGGUGUUGAGAAGGGAGUUGAAAAGAUGGAUCAUGUUUGAGGUGUCUUUAUUCAUCCUGAAACAUCCCCCAUCUUCCAUGUAAUUGUUUCCCCCCCCCAAUCCUGUUAGCUAGCGAGCUAGUUAGGUUUGCCUGGCGAUGGUAUCAUGUUUUCUUGUGUCCACGUGAAGCAAGCUUGCCUACUAACAGAAUGAACACUGUAUCAGAUCCACUCUGUAGUUCUGCUGCUUGCUCUUUUUUUUUUUUUUUUUUUUUUUUUUUUAAAUUUAGUGUUCUUUUUAUGUUUCAAAUGGCCCUGCCUCUUCCUGCUGAGACGCCGCUGGAAGGUCCAACUUUGACGAGAAAUACUGUGACACAAGCUGAUGUGUGCACUCAGCGUUGUUUUGAUGAAUAAAAAGGCCAAAUGGAACCGGAAGCAAACUGAA